CUGCGGACCUGGGGGCUUCGGGAUCUGGGCGCUAUGAAAAGUGUCUGCCCAGUCACUUCCGGUUUUUCUUCCCCCAAUCCCUCAGCUGCUGCUGCUGCUGCUCAGGAGGUCAGAUCUGCCACUGAUGGUAAUACCAGCACCACUCCGCCCACCUCUGCCAAGAAGAGAAAGUUAAACAGCAGCAGCAGCAGUAGCGGCAGUAACAGUAGUAACGAGAGAGAAGACUUUGAUUCCGCCUCUUGCUCUUCCACUCCUCCUUUACAACCCAGGGAUUCGGCAUCCCCUUCAACCUCGUCCUUCUGCCCAGGGGUUCCAGUGGCUGCUUCCAGCCACGUACGGAUACAGAAGAAGCUGCGUUUUGAAGACACCCUGGAGUUUGUAGGGUUUGAUGCGAAGAUGGCUGAGGAAUCCUCCUCCUCCUCAUCUUCACCAACUGCUGCAGCAUCUCAGCAGCAGCAACUUAAAAAUAAGAGCAUAUUAAUCUCUUCUGUGACUUCGGUGCAUCACGCAAACGGCCUAGCCAAAUCUUCUACCACCGUCUCUAGCUUUGCUAACAGCAAGCCUGGCUCAGCUAAGAAGUUAGUGAUCAAGAACUUUAAAGAUAAGCCUAAAUUACCAGAAAACUACACAGAUGAAACAUGGCAGAAACUGAAAGAAGCAGUGGAAGCUAUUCAGAAUAGUACUUCGAUUAAGUACAAUUUAGAAGAACUCUAUCAGGCUGUGGAAAAUCUCUGUUCUUACAAGAUUUCUGCAAACUUGUACAAACAGCUGAGACAGAUUUGUGAAGAUCACAUCAAAGCACAAAUUCAUCAGUUCAGAGAGGAUUCAUUGGAUAGUGUUCUUUUUCUAAAGAAGAUCGAUAGAUGUUGGCAAAACCAUUGCAGACAAAUGAUCAUGAUCAGGAGCAUUUUUUUGUUUCUGGAUAGGAUUUACGUUCUUCAAAAUUCAAUGUUACCCUCCAUUUGGGACAUGGGACUGGAGUUAUUUAGGGCUCAUAUUAUAAGUGAUCAGAAAGUCCAGAAUAAGACAAUUGAUGGCAUUCUUCUCUUGAUUGAGAGGGAAAGGAAUGGUGAAGCAAUUGAUAGAAGUUUACUCCGAAGCCUUUUAAGCAUGCUCUCUGAUUUGCAAAUUUAUCAGGAUUCUUUUGAACAACGAUUUUUGGAAGAAACUAACCGACUCUAUGCAGCCGAAGGCCAAAAAUUAAUGCAGGAAAGAGAGGUUCCUGAAUAUCUUCACCAUGUUAACAAACGUCUAGAAGAAGAAGCAGACACAUUUAUUACUUACUUAGAUCAGACCACCCAGAAGUCAUUAAUUGCUACUGUGGAAAAACAACUUCUAGGUGAACUCUUAAUUCUUCAGAAAGGUUUAAAUAACCUCCUUGAUGAAAACUGAAUUCAAGAUUUAUCCCUCCUGUAUCAGCUCUUCAGUAGAGUUCGAGGUGGCGUUCAGGUUCUCUUGCAGCAAUGGAUUGAAUAUAUUAAGGCAUUUGGUAGCACUAUUGUAACUAAUCCUGAAAAGGAUAAAACCAUGGUUCAAGAAUUGCUGGAUUUUAAAGAUAAGGUUGACCAUAUAAUUGAUAUCUGUUUCCUGAAGAAUGAAAAAUUUAUCAACGCCAUGAAAGAAGCAUUUGAAACAUUCAUUAACAGAAGACCAAACAAGCCUGCUCAACUUAUAGCUAAAUAUGUAGAUUCAAAGCUUCGCGCAGGCAACAAAGAAGCUACAGAUGAAGAACUUGAGAAAAUGUUGGAUAAGGUUAUGAUUAUAUUUAGAUUUAUCUAUGGCAAGGAUGUUUUUGAGGCUUUCUAUAAGAAAGAUUUAGCCAAACGCCUGUUAGUUGGAAAGAGUGCAUCCGUGGAUGCUGAAAAAUCAGUGCUGUCCAAACUUAAACAUGAAUGUGAAGCUGCUUUCACCAGCAAACUUGAAGGAAUGUUUAAAGACAUGGAACUUUCUAAAGACAUCAUGAUUCAGUUCAAACAGUAUAUGCAGAACCAGAAUGUACCUGGGAAUAUUGAAUUAACUGUGAAUAUCCUGACAAUGGGUUAUUGGCCAACAUAUGUGCCUAUGGAAGUUCAUUUACCACCAGAGAUGGUAAAACUUCAGGAGAUUUUCAAGACAUUUUACCUAGGCAAACAUAGUGGCAGGAAACUUCAGUGGCAGUCAACCCUAGGACACUGUGUGCUAAAGGCAGAAUUUAAAGAGGGUAAAAAGGAACUCCAGGUCUCUCUUUUUCAAACACUGGUGCUGCUAAUGUUUAAUGAGGGAGAGGAGUUCAGUUUAGAAGAGAUCAAGCAGGCUACUGGAAUAGAGGAUGGAGAGUUAAGGAGAACACUGCAAUCAUUGGCCUGUGGCAAAGCCAGAGUUCUGGCGAAAAAUCCAAAGGGUAAAGAUAUCGAAGAUGGUGAUAAGUUCGUUUGUAAUGAUGAUUUCAAGCACAAACUUUUCAGGAUAAAGAUCAAUCAAAUUCAGAUGAAAGAAACGGUUGAGGAACAAGCAGGCACUACAGAAAGAGUAUUUCAAGACAGACAGUAUCAAAUUGAUGCUGCAAUUGUCCGAAUUAUGAAGAAGAGAAAGACACUUAGCCACAAUCUCCUUGUUUCAGAAGUGUACAACCAAUUGAAAUUUCCAGUAAAGCCUGCUGAUCUAAAGAAGAGAAUAGAAUCCUUAAUUGACCGGGACUACAUGGAAAGAGAUAAAGAAAAUCCAAACCAGUACAAUUAUAUUGCAUAAAAUGUUGGCCUUGGAGCAUUUGAUGUCAUAUGCAGUAGCCAGUGGAUAAACUAACCUGUUAUUAUUUGACUUCCUUUAUACUACCAAUGACCAAAUGAAGCAGUGUAAUGGAAAUAGUUGAGUGACUUUUCAGUGGUUAACAUGCCCAUUUAAAGAGUAAUACUUACCUUUAAGAAGAAUAUUGUUGAACUCUUUGCAUGUUAUUUAGUAUGAUGUGCAGAAAACUCUCAAGAAAGUACCUGGUCUUCAUGAUUCCUAUUUGGAACUGGGGAAGAGGUCCCUAUGGCUAUUA